AUGCCAAUGGAGCCAAGUCCUGAUAUAUGGGAGACUUUGAUGAAUCUGUGUAGAGUUCAUGGGAACAUUGGGCUGGGGGAUCGCUGUGCCGAGCUAGUUGAGCAGCUAGAUUCAUCUCGUUUAAGUGAUCAGUCAAAGGCUGGCCUUGUACCUGCAAAAGCCUCCGACUUGACAAAAGAGAAAGAAAAGAAGUUAGCAAGCAAAAGUCUGCUUGAAGUAAGGAGUCGUGUCCAUGAAUAUCGAGCAGGAGAUACAUCUCAUCCUGAAAAUGAUAAGAUAUAUGCCUUGCUUAGAGGUUUAAAGUCACAAAUGAAAGAAGCUGGCUAUAUUCCUGAAACAAAAUUUGUGUUGCAUGACAUAGACCAGGAAGGCAAAGAAGAAGCUCUUCUUGCUCACAGUGAGAGACUUGCUGUUGCUUAUGGUCUCCUCAGCAGCUCUGCUCGCGCUCCAAUCAGGGUUAUUAAGAACCUCCGUGUUUGUGGUGAUUGCCACACAUCAUUGAAGAUUAUUUCUAAGCUUGUAGAGAGAGAACUCAUUAUUCGAGAUGCAAAAAGGUUCCACCAUUUUAAAGAUGGGCUAUGCUCCUGUCGAGAUUAUUGGUGA